AUGAGCGCCGCGACGAGCGUUCGCUCCGGGGGUUCCCCCGUCGGAGUGCCGGUGACGGCGGCGGCGCCCUCCGGCGAUCCGUCGACGCCACCCGCGCAGCCGGAUGACUACGAUCGUGACGAAGACGCCGUGCCGCACGGCUACGCGCACGAUGACGUCGAGAUAGAAGACGACGACGAUGACGACGUGGACGUGGAGGAAGACGGCGCCGACGUGGACGCGGAGGCGGAGACGGCGGCGUCGCCCGCGCAGGCGCCGCCGCCCCCGCCGGGACUCGAAUCGCUGCCCUGGGGUCUGCCGCCGCUCGCCUGGCUGCCAGCCUACCGCGCCGCACACACUAUAUCACCUGAGUCAGUUGUGCUCGAUUCUGGAAUCGACUCUGCCAGUACCCGUCGUGAACUCGUUCUUCUAGUGGGGCGCACAGUUGCAGACUGGCGCGGUUGGCAGCGACUGACCGCCGGCCCCCGCUGUGUUGCAGAGGUGCUGCUGGGGGGCGGCGAGGUGCCGCGGCUGCCGGGGGGCGGCGCGUUGGCGCACCACCACCCCCACCCGCCCCCGCCGCCCGUGCGCUGCACGCUCCGCAAGCACAAGCCCAACCGCAAGCCGCGCACGCCCUUCACGACGCAGCAGCUGCUGUCGCUCGAGAAGAAGUUCCGUGAGAAGCAGUACCUGUCCAUCGCCGAGCGCGCAGAGUUCUCCUCCUCGCUGCACCUCACCGAGACGCAGGUGAAGAUCUGGUUCCAGAACCGCAGGGCGAAGGCGAAGCGACUGCAGGAGGCGGAGAUCGAGAAGCUGCGGCUGUCGGCGCGGCCGCUGCUGCCGCCGUCGUUCGCGCUCUUCGGCCCUCCGCCCCCGCACGCGCCACACGCCCCGUUCUUCGCUGCGGCCGCGAUGGCGGCUGCGGCGGCGGCGGCCGGGGCCGGAGGCGGCGCCGGCGUCGGCGGGGGCGUCGGUGGGGGCGGCGCGAUGCUGCGGCCGCCGCACGCGCCCGGGCUCGGGGGCGGCAUCUUCGGGACGCAGCCGCACUGA